AUGACUUCCCGCAUCUCCCCAGUCCUCUUCCUCGAUGGCGGGCUUGGCACCUCUCUCGAAGACAAAUAUCGUCUUGACUUUAGCAAAGACACUCCGCUGUGGUCUUCUCACCUACUGGUCACCGAUCCAGAGACGCUGCGGUCGUGUCAGAGGGACUUUGGUCAAGUGCCGGUCGACAUACUGCUCACUGCCACAUACCAGAUAUCCGUCGAGGCCUUCGCGCGCACCGAAACUCCAACCCACCCAAACGGUAUUCGUCGGUCCGACAUCCCGUCAUUCCUCGACCUCGCCGUUUCCAUUGCCGGUCGUGUAAAGGCACCUUCGGCCAGCAUCGCCUUGAGUCUCGGACCGUACGGAGCCACCAUGAUCCCUAGUCAGGAGUACAGCGGGCGAUACGAUGUUGAGCAUGACUCGGUCGAGCGACUAGUCGAAUGGCAUUGCGAUCGGCUGGGCUUGUUUGCCGAAGUCGAGCAAAUCUGUGCGCGGGUAGACUUCUUGGCAUUCGAAACCGUCCCCAGACUAGACGAAAUCAGGGCUAUCCGAAAGCUUUUCGCACGCCGUCCAUCGUCUCCUGAACUAGCAGAUAACGCCGGCUCACUGGGAAAUAUGCCAUACUGGAUAUCUUGCGUGUUCCCUGGAGAUGACUAUACUCUCCCGGAUGGCAGCAGUGUCGAUCAAGUGAUUGGGGCUCUUCUUGAUUCGGAGAACGCGGAUCAUCUUCCGUGGGGCAUCGGCAUCAACUGCACCAGAAUUGCCAAGAUACCCCAGUUGGUUCGAAUGUACGAAAGUGCCGUGUGCAAACUAGCAAGCGCUGGUCAAAUCAAGGCUUGGCCGAGCUUGGUGCUGUACCCGGACGGGACGAACGGCGAGGUUUACGACACAGUCACGAAAGCGUGGCAGGCUCCAGAUCGCUCUGCCGUUGCUGAGCGCACGGGGCCGUGGUAG